AUGCCACCUCAAGGUGAUGUAAAUGCAUCUGAUGGAGAAAGUGGUGGACCUGUAUUGGUGCCAACACUCUCACAUCAGCAUCAUGUAUCAAAGCUUGUGUGGGUUGACAGUGAUGAGUCCAACACUGAACAUAAUGGACUUUCUGACACUCCAAAUCCCAAGUCCUACCAUAUUUCAUCAACAUGUGUUAUUGGAUGGAAGGUACCUGCACAGUCAGCUAGGGUACAAUGGCAGGAUGGAAGGAUAACUGUUCUGCCUAUGAUAAUGAAGAAAGGUGUCAACAUUUGUGAAUCCAGGGAUGUUGAAGUGGUGAAGUUCUUUGCCUCUUUCCCAGAGUCCAUUCAGUCAUCAAAGCAUGUUCUGCACCUACCUGCUACUGAUAUGGAACAUGACAACAUUGUGAAAAUGGUUGAAUGUUCCCUUUGUGACAAUAAACCCAUUGUGAUACAAGGGAACAAAAUAAAUAAUCCAACGGGAAUAACAAUAGAUUGGCUCAACCGCAAGUUCAGAAUAAAUCCUGAUAUGCCUGUGUCAAUUCAUGAUGCUGAAGUGUGUGUCACAGAUUCUGCCCAUCCUCACAAGUCAGGAACAAUUUCAUCUCUUGUUGCAGAUCAAGUCAGGAGGAAAGAUGUGGAUAUUUUUUCACCUCAAAUCUCAAAAGGGUGGCUGUAUGGCAUAUGCAAAUUUGAUGAUGAAACUAGUGGACUAUCCAAACAACAUGGAGGAGCUCUGUAUCAUCAUUCACUGAUAAGCCUUUGUCUGAUGGUCAUUAAAUGCCAGGACUAUAUUGCAGCCAAUGUGGAAACAUGUAAGAUUCAACCCUCAGAGACUGCUCUGCUCGCCAAAGAGAUCUGCCACAAUCUCAUGACAUUUCUUGGAAUCAAAAAUGUUGGAAGCAUCUCUACAAUACUCUUUAGCUACAGACAGGACAUUGCUGGCAAGCCUGUAGAUAGGGACUUGUUAUGGAGGCAUUUGAAAUGA